AUGGAGUCUGACAAUGAAUGCGUUGGAUGGAAUAUGACAGUCAACGACAGGAGAACGAAAAAAUUGCAUCGUAUGCAAUAGUAGUGAGCAUAUAAUAUCGUUCUUGAAACAGAAUUGUCGGAGCAUUUGCAACAUUUUUGCUGUCUUAUUGUUGAGUGACAAUGUGGUUUUUACGAAACAGUACAGGUGAUAUAACUUACCUUAAGCCAGAUGAAUCAAUGGUAGUUGGCCGUAAAAUAGGAUGCGAUAUUGUUUUAACAAACGAUGCAUCGAUCAGUAAAUUUCAUGCCACGAUCAUAGUCAAGCCAAAAAUUUCUUUCAAGCAAAAUGAACCAAGUUCCACAGUGAUCAUCCAAGAUACUAACUCUAAAUAUGGGACUUUUAUAACAGACCAAAAUAACCAACCGACUAAACUUAAGCCAGGUGAAAAUAUCCUCAGUCCAAUGGACAAAAUUAAAUUUGGAUUGCAGCAUCACAUAUAUACGCUUCAUUUCAUUCCUCUUAUUACAUCAACAUCUAAUCUAAAUACUGAGGAAAAGGGUGAGCUGCAGAAUAUAAUGGAUACUUUAGAUGGGGUAAUCAUUGACAAAUGGGAAAAAUUUUCUACUCAUCUUACUGUUUCAAAUGUCACACUAACUGUUCAGGUUGCUCAGGCACUAGCGUUUGGCACGACGAUAGUAGGGUUGGAGUAUUGGCAUGCUGUAUCUCAAGCUAUGGAAGCCAAUGUGGAACUACCCAGCACAACUGAUUUCAUACCUUCAAUUAAUGAAGGGAUCAUUAACAAGGAUUCAGUUUCUUUAAAAUCGGAUCCGAGCCGUAGAACUCUUUUUAAAGAUCUGGUUUUUGUGUACUUUUCUAAUUGCCAGAUUGAAGUAACAAGCAUUGUCAAAUGUGCAGGAGGGAAACGUUUAUUGUUUGACGAAAGUCAAAUGACCAUCAAACAACUUUGUGCUACUAAUGUUGUUGUGUUACAACUUCCAAACGAUUACUCACAACCCUCGCAAACUACAUUAAAGUUGUAUAUUUCGAUUCAACAAGCUUUGAAAAAGCAACAACGGCGACUUGUUCCCGAGUCUGAAAUAUCCCUUGCAAUUCUGUACUCCUCCAUUGAGAAAUAUUGCAAUCCAAGGUUCAACUUUGGGCGACUAAUCAGUGCACGACAAAAAUCUAAAAAGAUUGCAGAUGCGACUAUUUUAGCACCAGAUACAGAAGAUGUGUCAGCAAAACCACGCGACAAAGUCUCGAUAAUCAAUGAAACUCCCAUGUUUGAACAAACACUGGAACUUGAUGAUUCGGAUACACCAGACAAGUUCAUUGAAAAAAAGUCUUCCAAUGAUGGCGAUUCUAGAUCAUUGUCGAGUAAUGUUGAAACAACACAACGACAAGCUCUUUCAGUCAGAAGUCAGAGAAAUUUGGAAGAUUCAUCCAAUAAGAGACUCUCGACAAUCGAUGAAAUUAUACCAAAUAUUGAGUCUAACAGUACCAAAGUAACAUCCAACGAACAUGAUUCUGUCAACGAAUUUGAGGUUGACAGUAAAAAAGAAACGCUCAUGAUACCCUCAGACGAACAACACCCUAAUCCUCGAACAAUAUCACAAGCUCCAACAAUUUCCAUGGAAGAAAAUAAAAUCACCCGAAAGUCACGUGAUUCGACUAGUAUCAGUAAUAAUCCGUUCUCAGAGUUAUCAGCCCCACAACUUAAACACAUCAAACGAGAAAAAGAGCCGGAGACAAACCUAUUUUCUUUUAUAAAUGAUGAACCAAAAAAAAAAAUUCCCAAAUUGAAUGAUGCCAACGAUUUAUUCGAGCUCUUCGAAGAUCCGAAUACCACAGGGGCAGGGGAAGAAAAUAUGUUUGAACAAAAAAUUGUUAACAUGCAAGUAAAGGAUCAGAAAAAAAAAAAGCGCUUAUCUGUCUCUAGCAAAGAUUCGUCAAAUGAGAAUGUUGAUCCGCAAAUCAAGUCAGACAUUUCUGAUCAUGACAGUGACAAUGAUAAUGCGCCUCUAGUUCAAUACAAAAAGCAGGAUGCCUCGAUGGAUGACACGUUUGGAACAAUUGUAGGACCCCUUUUCCGAACCGAUAUUAAUCUCACUACGAAUGACACCGAAGUAAACCACAAAUGUUUUGUCAAAAGGUACGCUCUGUUUCCAAAGAAACGAUUCAACGCCAAAGCUAUGACUCCGUGGGAACCUGAGGACAUCAUCAAAGCUGAAAUUCCUGUAGAAACUUCAUCUUCAAGUGAUGAUUCAAAUGAUGGUUUUCAUUUUGAUGAAAAUGCACGUCGGAAAGUGAAAGCGAGAAAGUAGGCACAUGUCAAGGAGUUUCUACGUGAGUGUUGGUUUCAAAAAUGACGUUAAAUUAUCUAUACUCUACAACACACUAUUAAUGACUUUUAGCAGCAAAAGUCUGAAAGUCAUUUGAACAAUGUAUUGGAUAAGUUAUUUAGUUUCAUAUUUAAUCAUAUUAUUUUUGUAUACAACAAAUAUUUUAUAGUUAUAAAAGUUGUAGCAAAAACGUUAACUUAAGUCUCAGGUAACUGUUAAAAACAUUAGAUAUUAAAACGCCUGUGAUAAUAAAAUUCAGUUCGUCAUGUA